UUUACACACUGCACAGCUAUCUACCUGCUGGCUCCCGUUACACAUGCAGCUUUCUGGAACUGAGGACAACCCCCCCGGAGCAAACUGGAGUUAAGUGCCUUGCUCAAGGACACAAUUGUGGUGGCUGUGGGGAUCAAACCUCAGAAGUGUUUCAGUUCACGAGACGAAUGUGAAGCUGAGAGAGAUCUGAGUGUGAGAAUUAGCAGAUCACCGAGAUUAGCAAGUUUGACAGAUUGGGGGUGAAAACCAGAUGACAGACUGAUGUCAGAUCCAAUGAGGCGGCCAAAUGCCUUCCAGAACCGGGAGGUGAACUGAGGACCUCUAUCAGAGACGAUAUCCUGGGGGAAGCCGUGAAUCCUGAACACGUGCUGCAUUAGGAGCUCUGCAGUCUGGCUGGCUGUGGGAAGUUUGGGUAAAGUAACAAUGUGGAACAACACAAGAAAGACGGGUGUCUGCCAGUCUGAUCAUGCACAGUUUAACAGCAGAUCUCAUCAUGAUGCCAGACAAAUGAAUCCCGGCCCUCCUGCACAGUACCGUCUGAACACAGAAAGAAAAAACUUUGAUGGGACUGAUGGAAAGGUCAGAUUGUGGACAUAUGGACGAAAAGACAGAAGUAAGCUAAACAAAGUCUUACUGAUGGUUGGAGAAACCGGUACUGGAAAGACUACCAUCAUCAACACCAUGAUCAACUAUUUACUGGGGGUGAAGUUUGAGGAUGAAAAGUUUUAUGAGAUCACAGAAGAACAAGAACACAAAUAUCAAACUAAAUCCCAAACAUCUGCAAUCACUGUCUAUGAGGUGUUUGAUGAUGAGAAUCCAAUAUCUCUCACCAUUAUUGAUACUCCAGGAUAUGGAGACACUGAAGGAUCUGAGAAAGAUGGAGAGAUUGCUGAAUAUCUGACCAAAUUAUUUUCAAGUGAUUUUGGGAUCAAGUUUAUUGACGCAGUUUGUUUUGUGAUGAAGGCGUCUCAGAAUCGUCUCUCUGGAAAAGAGUUUUACAUCUUCCACUCAGUUCUGUCUCUGUUUGGUCGAGAUAUAGAGAACAACAUUGUGUUCUUACUCACACAUUCAGAUGGAUUAUCACCAACAAAUGCAAUAAAUGCCAUUAACAGAGCUGAGAUCCCCUGCAGAAGAGAUGAAGACAAUCAGCCUGUUCAUUUCUUAUUCAACAACCGUCAGAAAGAGAAAAGAGACAAACAGUAUAAGCGUGCUUUUAAAUCAGCUUGGGAACUGGGAGAGGAAAGCAUGGGUCAGUUAUUUUCACUACUGGAAGAAAACAACAGAAAAAGUGUCCAGAUGACUUUAGAUGUUCUGAAAGAGCGGAAACGACUCGAGGCCUGUGUCUCCAACCUGAACGAGCGAAUUAAAGAGAAGGAGUUAAAAAUGAAAGAACUAGGUGAGAUUCAAGAUGUCCUCGAACAGAACAGGGAAAAAAUAAAGAAUUGUGAAAACUUUGAGUUUACAGUCAACAGAGUUUACAGAGAAAAAGUCCCCAUUGAGAACACAUCACGGUGGGACAGAGAAGCGACCUGCUGCACUGUCUGUGAGGAGAACUGUCAUCUGUACGGCUGCUGGUGGGUCUCUCCCAAUAAUGUCUCAAAUUGUUCAGUCAUGAAAAACAACAACUGUACUGUGUGUACAGGGAAGUGCCAUUACACCAAACAUGUCAAAGAGAACAAAAAAUAUGUGAUAAAGACAAAGAAAGUCCCUCAGACAUUUAAAGAUCUUGAAAAGGAGUAUGAAAGCGCUGGUGACAAGCCUGAGACCAGAUUUGACAAAGACAAAUAUGAAAAGAUUAAAAAGAAACGUGAAAGCAACAUGAAACUAAAGGAGGAGAAAACAGACAUAGAGAAAAAAAAUAACAAAUGGCUGGAAGAAAUUGAACAAAAAAAGUCCAACCUGGUGAAUGAAGCUUACAGCACCAUCAUGAAUCUGUGUAAGAUUGCACUGAAAGCAGACAGCGCGUUCACUCUUCAGUAUCUGGAUUUCUUGAUUCCCAGACUGAAGGAGGAGGGAAAAGAGGAAUGGAUGAAGAAUCUGGAGGAUCUGAGAAAAGCUGCAGAUGAGGAGAAAAAUAAGGGGGCUUUACGUCAACUGAGAGAAUAUAGUGGCCAUAAAUUGAACCAAUUUGUCAAUUUUGUCUCUGGUAAAAUGGAAUAAAAUGAAACAAAUAUUUUACACACAAGAUGAAAAAGCAGAGCGGAUGUUUCAUGAGACUGUUAAAAAAUGUAUUUAUUCACAAGAGGUUGAUAAUAUUUUUUAAUCAGGUGCAGAGUUGGGUAGUAACUUGUUACAUUUACUCUGUUACAUUUACUUGAGUAACAUUUUGGGGGAAAUUUUACUUUUAGUGUAGGUUUAAAAGUGGGUACUUUUUACUCUCACUCAAGAAAAUAUCUUUACAAUGUGUGGCAUUACUGCCGUUACAUUACUGGGUUUAAUUUGAAUUAAUGUGUAAUUUAUUGAGAGAUCAUUGAAUGGGACUUUUACGGGAGCGGAAGUUCACAGCUGCGCGCAAUAAGACGCUCCCACUUGAGUGAUGAGUCACUCAAGUCAUCAGUGCAGCAGCAUCAAACUCCUCAAAGCGAAACACUUUCUUCGCUCCACACAGCAAUGCCUUCUUUUAACAUCAAGACAACGCUGGCUUUUCUGUGUAAUGAGAUGAGAAUUUUCUGUGUCAUUUUCAGGGUGAUUCUGUAACUGGGUUCUUAUGACAUCAGUUUUUAAGUGUACAUUUUUAAAUCAUUGCAUAUUAAUGUGCUUUGUCCCACAUGUUAUAAGCAGUAUUUAUGUAUUUUAUGUAUUUACUGUAUAAAUCCAUUUAAACAUCCAAAUUUCUGCCAUUCGCCUGAUCGACAACUGGAGCGCGAACAGCAUUUGUUGCAAUGAGAGUAGCUGUGUCCGCAAUCGUUCUCUCAUUCGCUAUUUCCUAUAUAGUGAAUGGCAGUUAGUGCACUAUAUCUCAGCAGUAAGUGAACGAAAUGAAUGAAUUUGGACGAGAGUGUCGGAGCUCUGGGGCUGGUGCAGAAACAUCACAUAUGAAAUUUUAAAAUGCUUGGGUCUUAUUUGUUAUUCUUAUUAAAUAAUAUAUUAAUACAGUAAAUCUUUAUUCUGUUUGUAAUUUUGUAUAUAUACUGUGUGUUAAUAUUAAGAGUAAACACAUUUGAUCAAAUAAAGAUUACAUUUUAA